AUGACGGACCCAAUUGUCUCGUUUGGUGUUCAAAAGCUUUGGGAGCUCAUAACCCAAGAAUAUGAGCGACUGUCGGGGAUUAGAGAGCAAGUUACUGAGCUAAAAGCAGAUCUAGACAUUUUAAUGUGCUUUCUGACAGAUGCGGAUGCAAGGAAACAAACAACAGCACUUGCAAGAAAAUGCGUGGACGAGGUAAAAGAAAUCACAUAUGAUGCUGAAGAUAUAAUUGAAACCUAUCUUCUCAAGGGAGAACGAAGUGAAAGCAGUGGCAUCAAGAAUUACAUGAAAAGUCUUCAUUUUCAAUUUGUUCGUAGGGAUACUGCUUUUGAGAUAGCAAGCAUCAGCAAGAGAAUAUCCAAAGUGGUCCAGGUUAUGCGAGAUUUUGGCAUACAAUCGAACAUUAUUGAAGGUGGGUAUUCGCAAUUUCUACAAGAUAGAAAAAGGGAAGCGCGCCAUACAUUUUCUAGUGAAUUUGAAAAUAACCUUGUAGGCUUAGAGAAAAAUGUUAAGAGAUUGGCUGAGGAACUGGUGGAAAAUGAUCUCAGUCAUGGGGUAUCCAUAACUGGUUUGGGUGGUCUUGGCAAAACCACCCUCGCUCGACAGAUUUUUAAUCAUGAUACAGUAAAGCAUCAUUUUGACGGACUUGCAUGGGUGUGUGUUUCACAAGAUUUUACACGGAAGGAUGUGUGGCAAACGAUCUUGGGGAAUCUUAGUCCUGGAGAUAAAGAAUCAAACUUGCGGGAAGACGAAAUUCAAAAGAAACUCUUUCAUCUGUUGGAAACAAGAAAAGUUUUGAUCGUGUUUGAUGACCUAUGGAAAAAAGAAGAUUGGGACAGAAUAAAGCUCAUGUUUCCAGAGAGAAAAGCUGGUUGGAAGGUACUACUUACUUCACGCAACGACGCAAUACAUCCACAUUGUACGACCUUCAAACCAGAACUCCUAAUUCACGAUGAAUGUUGGGAACUCUUACAAAUGAUAGCAUUUCCUAAGAACGACACAACAAUCGGAUAUAAAGUUGAUGAAGAAAUGAUAGAGAUGGCUAAGGAGAUGGUUAAACAUUGUGGAAGACUACCAUUGGCUAUCAAAUUAUUAGGAGGGUUAUUAGCUGCCCAACACACAUCUCAUCAGUGGAAACUGAUAUCUGAGAAUAUCAAAUCUCACAUCUUGCUGGGAGGAGUCAGUUCCACUGUUGACGAUUGCAGUUCGGUUAAUUAUAUUCUGUCUUUGAGCUUUGAAGGAUUGCCAAGUUAUUUGAAGCAGUGCUUACUAUACUUGGCCUCUUCCCCAGAAGAUCAUAGAAUAAUCUUACGAAGAUUGUCUUAUGUCUGGGCUGCAGAAGGGAUGAUAAAACUUAGGCAUUACGAGGGAGCUACCAUUCGAGAUGUUGCUGAUCUCUACAUAGAAGAGUUAGUGAUGAGAAAUAUGGUUAUUUCUGAAAGAGACGUGGAGACUUCGAGAUUUGAAAAUUGUCAGUUGCAUGACUUGAUUAGAGAGAUUUGUUUGUUAAAAGCCAAGGAAGAGAACUUCUUACAGAUUGUUAGUGAUCCAACCUGCAGCUCAAACGUACACUCUCAGACAUCUAGCAAAUCACGCAGACUCGUCAUUUACGUCACACAGAGUUUUAACGGAGAGAGUGAGUUAAAGAAUUCUAAACUAAGAUCUCUCUUGUUUAUUGACGUUGGGAAUGAUAUAUAUAUGGGAUCAAACUUCAUGAAGUUACUACCAUUGUUGAGGGUUUUAGAUCUUGACUAUGUUAAAUUGAAGGGAGGGAAGUUACCAUCUAGCAUUGGAAAGCUCAUCCACUUGAAGUAUUUGAGUUUAUAUAUGGCAGAGGUAACUCAUCUACCUUCAUCCUUACGGAACCUGAAAUCGCUGCUCUAUUUAAAUCUAGAUGUUCGUGGUAAGCUAACCGACGUGCCCAAUGUCUUUAAAGAGAUGCUAGAAUUGAGAUACCUUCGUUUACCAGAACUGCCACACUGUCGAACAAAGUUGGAAUUGGGUAAUCUACUAAACUUGGAGAGACUGCAUAAUUUCUCAACAAUGCAUAGCAGCGUGACGGAUCUUCACCAUAUGACAAGACUAAGGAGUCUGCGUAUCAGUGGCAUGUGGGAUGUGGAAACUCUAACUUCAACUCUAAGUAGAUUGGAAAUGUUGGAAGAUCUUACUAUAAUUUACGUCAAUCAACUGAAGCUACCUGCUCUGCAACAUAUCCCUUCCCAUCUUACAACCAUAUAUCUAUCUGGUUGUUGUUUAGAGGAGGAUCCGAUGCCGAUUCUAGAGAAACUGCUACAAUUGAAAAGUGUUGUGUUGGGGUUGAAUUCUUAUGUUGGGAGGAGAAUGGAUUGCUCCGGUAGAGGGUUUCCUCAAUUGCAGAUUCUUAAAUUAGACUAUUUAUGCGAAUUGGAAGAGUGGGUAGUAGAAGAAGGCUCCAUGCCACUUCUUCAUACUCUCAUUAUUAAAUGGUGUCCAAAAUUGAAGAAGCUUCCUCUUGGCCAGCGAUUCAUCAUUCCUAAAUUGCAGAAACUUUCCAUAGGGUUCCUAAAAGAGUUGGAAGAGUGGAUAGUAGAAGAAGGCUCCAUGCCACUUCUUCAUACUCUGAAAAUUCGGAAUUGUGAUAUGUUAAAGGAGCUUCCUGAUGGGCUGAAAUAUAUCACUUCGUUAAAGGAAUUGAGUAUCCGCACACAAGAAAAAGAAUUACAGAAGAAAGUUUCCAAAGGAGGAGAAGAUUACUAUAAAAUCCAACACAUUCCUCUUCUUGACUAUGGCUGGCUACCAGAACCAGAAGAAAACGAGGGCAAUUAAUUCAUAUCUUCCCUGUUGGAUCGGUGAGUCUCUUUCGCAUUGCGUUGUUCUGUUUUGGUUCCCUAUCAAAACUAUUGGCUGUUGUUUGCACAUUCCUGUUAGUUAAUAUUAAACUAUUGGCUG